AUGUCACACAAGUCAUUUGGCGGCUCAUCCGUCUACUCGGAUGACACCAACUCAUCAACAUGGACAACUACAUAUGCCAGAAUCCCCAAGAAGCAGCCCAUGGCUAUUCGAUUUCUGUCUUGGGUUGCUGGUGCCCCUCCAGGUGUCACUGCCGUCAAGAAGAGAACCCGAGACUUUGAUGAUGACCGCUCUGUCCGGUCAGGUGGUUCAGCCUUUUCUUACUGGAACGAACCAGAAACACAACUCUACUGGGUUGCCCGACCUCACGGGUACUACUACUACUACGGUGGUAGUAACAGCAGCAGCAGCGGCAGCAGUACCGGCAGCAGCCGUAGCAAGAAAAGCGGACGUAGUCGCAAGGAUGGCGGAGGCUCUCGUAAGCACUUUGACGGAGCCGUUCCCCGACCUCCAGUACAGCCUAUGGGGAUGCCGAUGCCGCCGAUGAACGGUGGCCCACCUCCGCCUCCGCCUCCGAUGGGUGGACCCAUGGACGGAGGUUUCGAUCCCGGGUUCGGUGGAGGUUAUGAAGGAGGUUACGAUGAUGGUGUCUACGAUCAAGGACAAAGUUACGAUCCUGGCUACGGAGGUGGUUACUCUCCUGCACAGAUGAAUGGUCCCCCUCCUCCUAUGCCACCACCUCCCAUGAACGCUCAAAUGCCCGAAGCAGCACCUUUUAUCAACGUGACUGGUCAAAACCAACCGGGCAAUCCUUUCCAGGGGGGGAGAAGUGGUCCCCGAUCAGAGAGUGAAUGGAGUUCUGAUUGGAGUGAUCAAGAAUUAUAG